GGCUUGGACGCAUAAACACGUCCUCGUCUCGCUCCCUUGUUGCCUGGAGACCUGGACGGGCUUUAAAAGAGAGGGAUCAUAAAAGAAAAGUGUUGUGUAGUUGUGUGUAUGUGUGUGGUGUGUGGUGUGUGUUUGGAUUUACCACCAACAGCGCUACAACUGGUGGCUGCUUCUCUUGCUCUUUGAGGACUUUUUCUGUCUGUUUCUUAGAACUGUACUUAGCGUUGUGAAAAUUUAAAGGAGUUUAUAUUCCCAUCUGCCCAACACUCAAACUUUUUUUUGAGCUUCAUCGCUAAAGAUCCUUGCGAGAAGCUUUCAUUUCCUGGACCCACUUCACACAAAGAGUGAUAGGAGUCGCAUGAUUGUGUCCUCUGGGCCUUGAUUGACAGCUGAAACCAUGGCAACAGUGAGGGAGGUGGAGCUGCUUGAGAGUCGACUGAGCAUAGAGGACUUCAUCAAGAUGCAGAGUCUGUUUCAGUCAUGUAAUGGCUCUGGUGAUUCAGUGCCCAUGCAGCGGGAGGAGUUUAUAGACCAGUUCUACUCCGUGAUUGGCCGUGGCUCACGGGAAGAAUAUGAGCGUUUAUUUGACAGUGUGGACGUGUCCAGGGAGGGCUGGGUGGACUGGCAUCACCUAGCAUCUUACCUUCUUCUGGGACUUUCAGAGAAACAAGAGCAAGCUACAAUGUCUGCAGUGCCACGUUGGUGCCCGCCUCGCCUUCUACCUUCCCCUCACAGAGGGCAAAUCCAGAGCCUGCUAGACCUGGGCAAUGGCCGCUACCUGAGUGUGAGUAAAGAGGGCAUGAUGGCUGUGUGGGCUGAGAAUCUAACACUGCUCAAGAGCCACAAGCUCCACAAUGAUUCAGUCAAACCCAAAGAUCUCUGGGUUACGGGUAUGGUGGUGCUGCCCAACGUCCACAAGCUCGCCGUUUCCUUCACCAGUAAGGAGAUAUGCUUUUAUGAUCUGCUCUCUAAGCAAGAGUUCAGCUGUCAGUAUAAAAUUCAUAGCCUGCGUCACACUCCCAUCUGCCUCCAUUACUGGCAUCAUCCUGAGAGACCUGAACAUGCCGUGCUCAGCUUCGGAGAUGUAGCAGGACAGGUGAAUGCGAUGUGUUUUAGGUCAGCAGUGAUCUCUCUGUUUGAGAAGCCAAGUGCAGGUGUUGAAAAAAAUGCUGCCAUCAAUAUCAGGUGGAGCGAGUUACAGCAGAACCGCCAUCGCUGCUGUUACACCGUCACACACAGCGCACAUGCAACACACUGGGUCACGAGCGUACGUUUCCUCGGCACACUGGAAGCCUUUGUCUCCUGCAGUGGUUCUGCUCAGAGCAGCAUGGUGCUGGCAUGGAGAGAAACAGAGGCCCGUCCUCUCCGAAUCACAGCUUUUCAUAUAGAGAAGGGAAUAAUGGAUCUGGACUAUCAUCCAGGACUCAACCUCAUUGCUACUGCAGGUCUGAAUAACCAGGUGUGUCUCUGGAACCCUUACCUGGUCUCUAAACCUGUUGGCAUCCUUCAAGGUCAUGUUACCAGCGUAGUGGCAGUUCAAUUCAUGCUAGCAAAAAAACAGCUGAUUAGCUUCUCUAAAGACAAGGUCUUAAGGGUGUGGGAUGUGUCCACUCAACUGUGUGUCCAGCAUGUGGCGGGACUCUUCCCUAAAGCUCAGGAGUAUAAAAUGCUCCUAUUCUUCCAUGAGGAGCGAUCACGCCUCUUUCUGUCCUUUAACAGCACAUUGUUCUUCCUCGAGGCACAGAAGGAGGAUAGAAAGAGAGUGAUGAGUCACGAGAGCACGGUCACCUGCGUCCUCUACAACUCUCUCUUUAGACAGGUUAUCAGCAGUGACGCAAACUCCAGUGUGAAGAUUUGGCUCAUGGACACUGGACAGAAGGUCAAGCACUUUCCCUGUUGCCAUGGUGACGCUGAGAUCACCACCAUGGCACUGGACGCAACUCAGACAAGGCUCUUCACUGCCGGCACGGAUGGAGCUGUAAAGGUGUGGGAUUUCAAUGGCCACUGUCACCACAGACUGAACGCAUGCCGAGACCCGACAGUGGAAAUCUCACAGAUACUGGUGCUGAAGAGGACAGUGUUAGUGCUCGGCUGGGACAGGGUGAUCACUGUGUUCAGGAUGAACUCGUUCUCUCGCUUCUUUGUACAGCCUUCAGAGUGGAAAGGCGGCGUUCAGCAUCGCGAGCACAUUGUGUGUGCAGCAUUUCAGCCACCUCAGACCUUAGUCACUGGUGGUAGGGAUGGUGAGAUUAUAGUCUGGAACAACAGCACUGAAAAUGCCAUAUGCAAACUAUACAAAAAUACAGAACACCAAGACUGCAAGUUCAGCUCACAUAGCGCUUUACCUAGUACUCCCAGUACUAAACAACCAAAAGCCACUUCCAGUGAAAAAGACUCAGAGAGUUAUAUUGUGACCAGACUGGCCUUUCUGGAAGGAAGAAAAAGAGCUGCUGCAACAGGUGGAGCUGAUCUGGUGUCAUGUGGCGGUUCAGGCAUUGUUCGUUUCUGGAAUACAGCGAAUGCUCGAUUAGUUGGCAAGUUUGUGGCUCAUGAAGGCUCUGACUCCAUCAUAAUGACUGUAGAUGGUAGCGGUUGUUACCUGGUCACAGCGGAUAUGGGUGGAGUGCUGAAGGUGUGGGACAUCCAGGAAUAUUGUCUCCAACCAUCUGAGAGUGUAAUCAAUCAGGCGCCAGAGAUGCUAUCGAGCCUCCACCCUCAUGUUGACCGCAUCACUCACUUGGAAACGUGCGUCCACAGCGGCCGUCUCUUUCUCCUCAGUGCCUCGGCUGAUUGCAGUCUGGCUCUCAGCUUCCUGCCUGGAGGAACUAUAGGGACAUUUGGACAGGAAGUGCACUGGAACCUGGCAGAAAUCAGUGAAGCGUUUGUGAAGAGAGAGCAGGAAGUGAGCACAGAGGUUACCACGGAGAGUGGGACAGAAACAGAUCUGCAGGAAACACAGCCUGUACAGAGCUCUCAACAUGCUGAGAGAUCAGAGAGCAAUACAGAGACUGAGGAGGAGAAAGAUUACACACUGCAACUUCAUACCCUUGAUAAUGACACUACAGUGCAGAGAUCCAGAAGAAUCCACAGAGCUUUGAGGCAGCAGAAUGAAAGCACACAGCGUCAAAAUGUCCAUGGUGUCUGUAAUACAUCUACUGGGAUGUUCAGCAAACUCCGAGUGGAGGAACUGGCCUCGCUAGAAGAGCUGAGCAAACCUGACUUCAUCAUCAAUCCUCAUUUAUAUUUUGGGAAGAUGUGGGAUUCAUCAUCUCCAACUCCUCCACCUCUUCCUGUGACUGGAGAAAAUCUAAAAGCACCCUUUGAUGAAAAGAGUUUGUUUCCUAAAGAAGUGCUGGAGCAGGUGGACAAGCCCCGGCGUUACACCCAGAAAUUUAACAUGAUGAGAAACUAUGGAAGAGCCAUCAGGAGCAUGGGGAAAGCCAAAGCCAGCACCUCUGGAAUCCAUAAUGCCAAAUGAAGGUUCUCUCAGUAAAGGUUUACUACUAUGUAUUAUUAUUAUUAUUAUUAUUAUUAUUAUUACAAAUUAAAAACUCGGAUUUACCUAGUAUGA